UGUUUCGAGUUUAGAACGACUGUUGUUCCAUCGUCCAUAAGAUUGCUUGUAAAGAUGGUAGAUAAAGCCGUUGACAGGGAUGAUAAUUCAAAAGUUGCAAUUAUUAGAGAAGUAUACGAUAGUGAAAAUGCUCACGAAACUUUUGAAUACGAGUUAGAAAGAGCUCUAGAAUCAGAAUGUACUUUAAUUAUUAUCGAACCAUCCAAAUUAGGAGAUGAAACUUCUAGGUGGAUAACAGUAGGAAAUUGUCUUCAUAAAACUGCAACGCUUUCUGGCUUAACGGCCAUCACAACAGGUCUUAUAUGGGGUGAUCGACCAUAUAUUUGUGGCACAUUAGGUUUUGUAUCACUUAUAACCUGUGGACUGUAUACAUUAUCUUGGCAAUUUGAUCCAUGUUGUCAAUAUCAAGUAGAAACUGACACGAGUAAGCUACCACAUAUGGAAGUGUUAGCUAUCUUAGGUCCCUCAUCGCCAACGUUCCUUGUGAGAAAGGACGAUACAAGGAGACGAAUUCUUCAUGCGAGUGUUACUCUUGCAGCAAUUAGUAUUAGCGCAUGGAGAAUUUAUCAAGCUUUUAAAUGAAGUUUUUAAUUGUUGAAAAUGAAUGAUAUCUUGUUUUUAAAUUGAAAAACAACAAUAACAUAAAAGGCCGUGCAAUACAUCAUCCACAAUAGAACAAACAGCAAGGGCCUAGGCAUAGGAUUCUUUAUAUUAGAAGAAAUACAGAAUCACAUUCGCUUUACAGUGAAGACUUUGUACCACGUCAAAAGUGUAUCUUCUGCAUCUGACUACUGCAUUUAGCUCCGGACAUAAUCUUCAGAGUUUAUAGGUGUUUUUACUCUGUGAUCCGUAAUUUACCGAUUUAACUAUAAUCAUUUAUUUUUUUUUUCUGUCACAAAUGAAUUGAAAAAAAAAAAAAAAAAAUAUUCCUAAUGAACUAAAACAAAAAAAAAAAAGUAAAAUAUGUGUUCUCUUUAAAAAUAUACAAAAUUACAACUUUAAAUAACGACAAGUUAUAAAUAUAGCAUUGUGUAUUUUUAGAUUGUAAAUAAUAUAGGUAGAUUGCACAGAACGCGAGAAUAAUAAAAAAAAAAAAAAAAAAAAA